AUGUCAACCUCCAGCCCCGAUUAUGAGGAGCUGUUCGAAAUUGAUGACGAUACUGCUGAGUAUUUGUGGGAUCUUGACGAUCAAAGUCUACGGUCCUUUGCCGCAAGGAAGGAUAGUUACUUGGAUGAUGAGCAAUGUAAGGCCUCGUCUUAUGCAUGCUUCCUUCUCUUCAAGAGGACAAGAUCAGUAAACGACCUAUGGGGGGGUAUCAAUUUGGUUAACCUGUGGCUUCGCCGUAUACCCAACGGUCGCCCAGAGAAGAAGUGCCCAGGACGCAUCCUCCCAAUGUUGUCUGCGCAACUGGAAAAAAAGAACUUUCACGACUCGCUACUUGCCAUUAUCAAUGGUCAACAAUUCAACUUCCUCGAUAUGCAAUUCGGUUGCCUGAUAGAAACGGGCAGCUUCUAUCCAGAAGAUGCCGUUGUACAAGGCGCCAUUUUCAAUAACGCUGGAGUUGAACUGUCGCGUGAGUUUGAAGCUACCGACUCUCUGAUCGAUCUCAGCAAUGCAAUCCUGUUUCUCGAAAAGGCUGUAGCCCUAGCCAGUGAUGACCAUACCAGAGCCGGACGCAAGCACAACCUUGCUACUUUGUACGGGGCGCGAUUCGAAAGGACUGGCUGCACCAAAGACCUCGACAUUGCUAUUGAGCUUACCAAAGAAGCCAUCGCUACUGAGUCUCGGGAUCACCCCGACCUAGUCUAUUACCUAAGUGGUCUUCAGGUCUGGAUGAGCAGAAAAUUUGAACGGUACGGAAAAGAUAAAGAUCUUGAAGAGGCCGUCGAUGCUGCUGAGAUGGCGAUUGCCCUUACUGCCGACGACGAUCCUUACCUAUUAGGACGGCUCAAUGAUCUGGCCAACAGACUCAAUGCCCGGUGCAAGGUUACUGGCGACGAGGAUGAUCUUAUCAGACACAUCCAGCUUAUGCAAAAGGCAUUGAACGGACCAGUUGCCCCAACCGCUUCGCAAAAAGCCUUGUUUCUUGGUAACCUCGGCCAGGGACACUAUGAAAUGUUCAGAAAGCGCAAUUCGGUCGAUGACUUGAUCCGCUCCCUUCAAUUUUAUAGCGAAUCAGUCAAACUUGCCUUCCAGGAGAACCACAAAGAGCCCCCAAGCUUAUUGAAUAAUAUUUCCCUUGCCUACCACGCCCACUUUGAACAGUUUGGUGUCCUGGAGUAUCUGGACAAUGCUAUUUACUAUGCCGGAGCGGCAGUCGACGAAACCGCUCCUGAUCACCCAGACAUCAUUCAAAGGUGGAAGAAUUUGGGCACCUGGCUUUGCUCAAGAUCGAUGUACACCGGCUCUUUGGAUGAUAUAGAUCGUUCCAUCGCAGUGAGUCGUUCAGCGAUUGAAAGAUUGCAUCCAGGCCACCCAGAUAUCGGUAACCAUUUGAGUGGGCUCGGCGGUUCGUUGCACAGACGUUUCGAUAGAACGUGGUCAGUUAGCGACCUCGAGGAAAGUCUCAAGUUUCAACGACAAGCUAUCGAAUGCAACACCAACCCCUCACUACAGACUCUCAUUCUGAACAAUUAUGCGAAUGUUCUAGCCCAACAUGGGCUCAUAACAGAUGAUACAGACUCUGUAUCCAAAGGAAUAGAGCAUAUGAGAACUGUACUUCGGGAAUCUCCUUGCGACGACGCAUACCGACCAAGCCGAGUUUGUAAUUUGGGAAAUUGGCUGUGUCACCGAUUUAGGAGUACGUCUUUGAAGGAAGACAUUGAUGAGGCUAUCAGUCUAACUCAAGAGGCCUGCGAUAUGCUCCCGCCCCAACAUCUCGACAAAGCGGGAUACCUUCAAAACCUGGGUAGUUGUUACAUCGCACGCUUUGAACAGUAUGGCGACGAACAGGAUCAGCUCCAUGCGCUUUCUUCCUACAAGAUGGGGUCAGAAAUGGCUACCGCUACGCCUUCAGCUCGAAUCGAGCUUGCGUUUAGAGCUGCAGAGAUUCAUGCUGACAGAAACGAAUGGAAAGAGUCAAGCAAGUUGAUGGAAAGCGCUAUUGAUCUCUUCCCUACUGUCAGCUUGAGGUUAUUGAAACAUACAGACAAGCAGGAUAUGCUGGGACGUUUCUUUGGCCUGGCCUCAGAUGCCGCGGCCAUUAGCUUGAACGCUGGGAAUGAGCCGUAUCACGCUUUGCAACUACUCGAGCGUGGCCGUGGGGUGAUUGCAGGCCUGUUGAUGGAUAUGCGUGGCGACAUCUCUGACCUCGAGACGAAGCAUCCUGACCUCGCGCAAAAGUUUCGAGCUUUGAGAGAUCAGUUGACUGUUCCAUCAGAUCAGUGGAACUUCUCAGCGUCCAACGAUACGAUCGUUUCUUAUGAUGCCCGGGUCAGACAGCGCCGAGCGGCAGACCAUGAUUUCAACGACCUUAUUUCCAAGAUUCGAGAGGAAACAGACCUUCACAACUUUCUCCUUCUGCCAUCUGAACAAGAACUUAUUGAUGCGGCCAAAUCGGGUCCUAUUGUCAUAAUCAACACAAGUCUAUAUCGUUGUGAUGCGUUUCUUAUUCAAGGUGAUAAGAUUCGUGUUCAACGACUAACAGACCUGACAUUGGAAGAUCUGCUGAAGCAUGUCAGGGUUCUCCAAUCAUCUGCCUCGAGAACUGACGGUGCUAUGAAGGCACUUUUGCAUUGGCUUUGGGAUACAAUCAUGAGCCCAUGUCUAGACGCACUCGGCUUUGUAAAACCGUCCUCAGACGAAACUUUGCCUCGUAUCUGGUGGGUUCCGACUGGACUCUUGAGUCGAUUGCCACUCCAUGCGGCAGGAGAUUAUCGGGAACAGGCCUUCGAUAGCGUGCUGGAUCGAGUCAUGUCGUCUUAUGCACUAUCGGUCAAGGCAUUGAUACAUGGGCGACAGGCAGCUGUCGCUCAAUCUUCUGAACACUCCGACCGCGCCAUUUUGAUCCCCAUGAAACAGACACCAGGCCUUGAUUUCGAUGGACAUCUUCCUUUCGCUGAGGACGAGGUUGAUAUGCUGAAAGACAUGUGCAAGCCUCUUGGACUACAGCCUGUAACACCAGAGCCCCGAAAGGAUGAUGUUCUCGAAUGUGUGAAAUCAUGUACAAUAUUUCACUUUGCCGGCCAUGGAAGUUCAGAUCCAGUCGAGGCUUCAAAAAGCUGUUUACUAUUGGACGACUGGAAGACCAAUCCUCUAACAGUCGAAGACUUUCGAGACUAUCACAUUGGCGAGAACCCACCAUUCCUUGGCUACCUAUCAGCAUGUUCCACUGGUGCCAACACGGUCACCAAACUCGCAGAUGAGGGAAUCCAUCUGAUCAGUUCACUGCAACUUGCAGGUUUCCAGCAUGUGGUUGGAACGUUGUGGGAAGUAUCGGAUAAAUACUGCGUUGAUGUGGCGAGGGUCUUUUACAAGACGCUUCAAGAAGAAGGACUGACUGAUACCAGCAUCUGUAGGGCGUUGCACAAGGCAACCAAGGCUUUGCGAGAUGGUCAGAUUUCAGCUGAGAUGAAGACUCGGUAUGCUGUUUGUGUGGACUUUAAUGAGCCUAUAAAAGUUCUGGACAACUUUCACUGGGUUCCAUACAUCCAUUUCGGCUGUUAG